AACAGUUUGAUAAUUUAAUAUUUUAGAACAUUGGGAGGCUGGUCCUUUGACGCUAACGCUUAUGGUAAGGAUGAGUCCAGUGCCGUGGUUAUAUGCUUGGUGACGCAUGCGCAUUCAUAGUAUUUUUUUAUACACAUAUGUUGACCUUGAUAUAAUCGGAAAAGACAAAUACAAAAGUCAUCGAGGACUGUUCGACAGGAUAUUAUUAACUUUAGUAGUUUAGGUCGGAUGGAUAUAUGGUGAACUAAUACUUGAAGUAUAAACCUGCAGUGCAUUAUCUGUGUCCAUUGUUUCAAUUCAUGCACGUGAUCAGAAAACCUUGGAAAAGGAAACAACUACACAUGCUGUACUCGUCAAUAGAUUUGUACUUACGGUAUUAGAAUGUCAAACUUGCUCUUUUAAACAUGUUUAAUUACACUGAAACCAAUCAAGUUUCCAACGUUUCUAUGGAGGAGAACGAACGAAUAAAUCUACUAUCUACAGUUGCCAACAUUUCUUUGGAGGAGGAAGAACGGAUAAAUUUACUAUCUACAGGUAUACCUGUGCUAGCGUUUCUAGCAUUUCUGUGUUUCCUCGGCACUUUUGGAAAUGGUUUAACAGUGAUUGUGUAUGCAAUUAGAUUUAAGCCAAGCAUCUAUCGGACUUUCAUUCUGUGGCUUGGCAGUGUAGACCUUGUGGCUUGCUCUGUGAGUAUACCGUACGUUAUUUACGAUUCCACGCACCCAUUUACCUUUACUUCUGAAUGGUCCUGUAGGAUAUUCGUGUUUAUAAACUUCGUUUUCUCGAUGUAUUCACCUCUUCUGCUAGACGUGAUCGCCAUCGAAAGGUACCGCCGAAUCUGCAAACCAACAGACCGGCAGCUCACUAGAGCGGAGGCAAGAUUGAUAAGCGGGUUGAUGGGGUUAAUUGUUGUGCUGUGUUGUUCACCGUUCCUGGCCAUGUACGGAAUCACUUCUGUCACCACACCCUUCAACAACCUUCAAGGACACGAAUGCAAUGUUGUUGAGGAAUACAGGGCGUCUCUGUUUGAAACAAUUUAUUUUGCAUUAUUGUUUGCCGUAUAUGUGAUUCUUUUUGUGCUCUGUAUUGUGUUCUAUUCGUUGAUUGGACGGAAACUAAUGAAAAGUGAGCGAUUUCGAAGAGCGACAAAGGCUGCUAAGCGUAUCAGACGACAGCAGUCUAUGCGCCAGAUCGAACGACUACAACAAAAAUCUGUAAAAUUUGCCCCCGAAGAACAUCCAGAACCUUUGGUAAAACAAAGUGAAACGCCAACUGACGAGAAUAAAGUAGAAAAUGAACCAACAGUGUCUGCCGAGAGUGAGAUCAGCAUUACAUCAGUAAGUGGUACAUGUGAACUUCAACCAAAUUACACAAGUGAUGAUGUUCUUGGAUACCAAAACUCAGCACACAAUCACCAACCCUACCAGCAAAACACUGUCCUAAACGGAAUUGAGCAAAUUAGUGGAAAGGCUUUGGCUCCGAUUGUGGCAACAACUGUACCACCGGAAUCUCCAGCAAAACAUGACACGUUGAACGGAAACAACAAUGCCGACAAUAUGAAGAUGGACAUGAAGAUUAACGCAAAAACGGAGUCCAAUAAACAGACAGAUGUUGUGCAAAACACUUCAGUGAAAAAGAAAUCCGUCAAACGUUUUGUGGAUUACAGAGUAUCCAAGAAAAAGGUCAGCCAGCUGAUAAGCAAGAGUAAACGAGUAACCAUGAUGUUCCUCGUGGUAUCGGUGCUUUCCUUUGGGGGAUACCUGCCUUACUUCGUUCACGUGAUAAUGAGGAACGUGGAUGAUGACAUGAGAAGGAAUGUAGCCAGUGCCUUUGGCUCAAUAGGACCAAUAAUGAGGUAUUCGUUCUUCAUAAACAACGCCGUGAAUCCAGUAGUAUAUGGUUUCAUGGACAGACACUUUAGAAACCAAUUUAAACGCAUGAUCAAGAAAUGUAGGGGACACAGAAUGGAUUUCACAUGAUUCUGUAUUACAUAUAUUGUAUAUGUGUAAUUGCCGUAUGGCAUUAUGUCUUCGAUAUUCCAGGUGUAACAUUCGCUUACGUUCUCUGCACUCCUGAUCUAUGCAUGACAAAAUCGAAGGCAAACACAGCGGGUAGCUGUAUGAUCAGUCGCUAGGCUAAUACCGGUAUUUCGAAGAUUGCAGAGGAGCGACGCCUGACUUCAAAGCCUGUCAAUUUUACCGUUACGCUUCCGCGUGAUUUUUUUAUGUACAUCAAAGGAGUAAACUAGCCCACUGGUGUCCUCCGUUAGCGUUCAGAGUGGUCGAUUUCGUCAUGGUGCCGAGAAUAUAAGUAGGCGUAACCCCUGGAAUUUCGAGGACGCAUAAGAAGUUAUACACGUACCUGUACAGUUUUAGAGGUGGGCUUAUAAAAUGACUACUAUCUGAUGCACUGAGUCCACACUUGAUAUAUGUUUUAUUUAUUUUUCAGUUUUGAAAUGCACCUUUUAAACAGUUAAGACGGUAUGCCAUGCCGAUCUGUUCAAACUUUGUUUAAUGCUGUGCCGUUGUUUCUUUGAGAAUACAAUGUAUCUUAGAGCGAAACUGUAUGACAUAUAUAUGUACAUGUAGAAUCUUAAAUGUCGGAAAAUUUCAAAACAACGAUUCUAUCAUUUUUGUCUGUGUUUCAUUUGUAUCGUGAAACAUUUUUUUAACAAACGGUGGAACAGUUGUUUUUGCAGGCAUAACGCGCUUCGAUACGUAUGUUUUUUUUUCUAUUUGAGUACUUGAUAUCACAACUGUAUUUAAAUUAAAAGUUUGACAUAUGUUAUUGUAAAUAAAAAAAAAAUAAAAAAAUCUAAUGACAAUGUAUAUUCCUUGAUAAAAUGGUUUCUAUUUCCUACCCUCGUCCCGUGUCAGCCCUCGGGGUUCCGAAACUUCGAGUUUCCGGCCCCUUGGGCUGAUAUCGGGUCUCGGAUUGAUAUUGGGCAAGAUACGAUAUUGACUUCCAGUUACUAUACUAUCAGUUCAGUAAUACGCUAACCAUGAUAUGUGGUAUGUAUGUGUACUAUGUUUACACAGUGGCGUAGCAUACAUGUACGCUUGUAUGCUUAAGCAUACACUAACAUUUUCAAGAUUUGUUUUUUUCAAUCAUAUAUUUUUAUUAAUCAAAAUCCGUCUAUAAAUUAAUACAAUUAUUCGCCUGCAAAAAUGUAAAACAAUUGAGAAACCUUAGUAAGUAUCUAAUUCAGGCUACUUCUAAAAGUCUAUACUUAAUAUCUGAUCAAUAGUGUAUGUUCCUAUAUUUUCUUUUGUAUGUUGACAACAUUACUAUGCAUUUUACUCUAUGUCCUCCACCAUCUUACAUAAAUGGAUUGUAAUAUGUUCUUGUAUGUACA